AGCAGAGUUCCGGAAACUACAUGGCACUUCCUGUAUGUGACACCUCAGCGGACUGCCGGCUUUUUGCUCCCUCCGCCUCUGUAUGCUUUAUCGCCUGCUUAAAACUUUGCCCCGAGUUUCUGCAGCGUCUUUUCACUGUGUGCGACACAUUAUGAAGCCCUUGGUAGUGUUUGUUCUCGGAGGACCAGGCGCAGGAAAAGGAACCCAGUGUGAAAGGAUCGUGCAGAAGUAUGGGUACACCCACCUCUCAGCUGGAGACCUUCUACGGGACGAGAGGAAGAAACCAGACUCCCAGUAUGGUGAGCUUAUUGAAUCUUACAUAAGAGAUGGGAAGAUUGUGCCUGUGGAGAUCACAAUCAGCCUGCUACAAAGGGCAAUGGAGCGGACCAUGGCCAUUGAUGCCAACAAGCAUAAAUUCCUAAUUGAUGGAUUCCCUAGAAAUGAAGACAACUUGCAAGGCUGGGAAAGAACAAUGAAUGGAAAAGCAGAUGUGUCUUUUGUGCUAUUUUUUGAUUGUGAUAAUGAGACCUGUAUUGAACGAUGCUUGGAGCGAGGGAAGAGCAGCGGUCGGAGUGAUGAUAACAGGGAGAGUUUAGAAAAGAGAAUACAAACAUACCUGCAGUCAACAAGACCUAUCAUCGACCUUUAUGAAAAGAGAGGGAAGGUCAGGAAAGUGGAUGCCUCCAAAUCUGUAGAUGAGGUUUUUACCAAAGUGCAAAAUAUUUUCGACUGAGAAGGAUAAUACUGAGAAGGAUAAUAAUCGUUUUUUGGGCCAUCUUCCACAGCGUCCUUGGAUUCACUUUUAUUGUCCAUGUUUAUUUGUUGCAUUUCUAUUUUUUUUUCCUUCCAUUUUUUUAAGUCAACUUUAUAUCUAUUAUGUUAUAGUUCUAUAUGUUCCAGUUGUAAUGGGUACGGAUUUAUAUUCUCUACUUUGCUUUCCUUAAACCAUCACAGAGACAGAUUGUGCUACACAUUAGAGAAGGUAUCCCAGCGGUGCUUGCUUCCUUGGCACAUAAGGAAUAACCUGCAUUAUUUCAUUUGUCCUUAACUCUAAGUGCAGAAAGUUUGGACAUGUAUGGUUCCUCUGCAGCAAAUGAAUACAUAAAUAACAGACAGAGAAACCCUUCAGUCUUCAGUGCUUCUACAUAAGUCUGUUGCCAUUAGCUAGCAUUGUAAAAAAUCUACCUCUGUUGCAUGGUAAACAUUUAAAAUUGUUCAUAUUGAUUGGUUUAUUUAAUGAAAUAUACCGGUAUUAAUUACGGAGUCUUUAAAAUCAUUUUAAAUUACAUUUAGAGAGAUGCAAAAAAAAAUCACUCCAAAAAUACAAAUGGUUUGCUUAUGAUUGGGGAUUCCUAGUCCAGGAUGCAUAGAAAAAACAUUUUGGGGAUAUCUUGUGUUUUACUGCUUCUCAUAGACUUUAAUGGCAUUCGCUUGAAAGUACCAGUAAUGGCAGAUGAUUGUGGCCUGAAAAGUACACUAAAGCAUUUUCAUGUAGAAGUAGCACUGGGCAUUUCAGGCACCUGAAUUCUAUGGGAGACAGAAAGAGGUAGAUUCCUUCACAAUGCCAGAAAUCUGAUAACAGUUGCCAUAGGUUUUUUUUUAACAAUUGGUGACUAAAAUCCACCUGUAGAGCUCGUCAAAUACAAAAACAAUAUGCACACAUUUCAGUUUUAGCCAAUUUUCAGGGGAAAGGUGAUGUAACUGUGGCACAAAGUUAUUCUGUUGGGACCGAGGAAAGGGCAGGAUCUUUUCAAAUAAUAGGAAGCUUUAAACUGCAAAUACUGUAUAUCUCUUGAAUUCUGAAAUAAAAUCUUGUCUCAUGA